CAUGGGUAUUAUGUUUCACUCUGCUGCAGGAGUCCACGUAGUGUUUGAAAAGGUCAACAAAGGAAAAUAUGCUUUAGUCAGCGGUGAUAGCGAAGUGUCGAUUCCAUGCGAGUUUUCCACCGUGAGGUCUCAAAAGAAUUUUAUCAACAAGAACUGUAAAUGACGCGCGUUCGACUCAAGUGAUCAUUAAAGCAUCUUUUCUUCGCCCAGAGAUGAGCGUUUCAGCGGAUAGUAGCCCGCUUACAAGCGAUCCAAACGCAAAUAGUCUGAAGCAAGGCAGUUUGCUGUUAAGCAUUUAUGGCUAUGCUCCUUUCCCUGCUUCUACUUCCCCUGCUUCUGAGUUGAAAAAACAAGCUCUUGGAAGAUCGAACAGUGUUGGAAUUAUUGAGAACAUCCAUACAAAAGCUAUUCAAUCAUCACCCUUGGCCGGCGAAAUACACUACGAUGCGUCCAAACGAAACAGUUGUUUUGAAAUAAGAUCCAACGAGAUGCCAAAGAGAUCUACACCAGGCGAGCGCGAGAGAAAAACGUCCUCUCGUUUAUUCCGCUCGAUGUCUUUGAGCGGACGCAAGCAGACAAAUAAAGAUCAGCCCGCUGGAGACGAUAAGAGGAAUUCGGCCAUUUCUAUAUCAGAUAAUGAAAAAGUCACUGUCCUUAGGGAUCACAAUGCGCAGCUUUUAGACGAGAAAAACAAAGCCGUGAACGAGUGUGAUAAAAUGAACAAGGAUCUGGUGGAUGCUCACGAAAAAUUAAAGGAAGCCGAGCGAGAGAUCGAAAAUUUGAAAGAGUUGUUGAGCACAAAGAUAAAGAAAGAAUUUGAUAACUGCGAGGUGGACGCAAGCGACAAAAUAACUCGAAUGUCGUAUAGUGACCUUGAAUUAGAACCUCUGGAGACAAAGGACAAUGUGAUUUUUCCUUCUAAAGUUGAACACCUCGAGACCACCAUUCAAGCAAGCGCUGUUCCACUUCAGAAGACUUCUUCGUGUAAGGAGUGCGAACGUUUGAAACAGUCUCGCAUCAAAGCUGUGGUGGAGGCCAUCGCUUUGAGGAAGUACGUCAAAAAUCUGAACGACGCUCUUUCUGGUGGUGAUGCGGAUAAACAGAACUUUUUAAACGACGUUCAGAAAAGGCUUAUUUCUGCACAAACUGAGAAAGAAGUCGCUUUGGAAGAACUUGCAACAGUUAUUGAUCAAAGGAAUCAGGCAGUUAGAGAAAAGGACAGAGCACUCGAGGAAUGGGGAAAAGCAACGGGUAAAUGGGAGAAUACGUUGGACCAGUUAGAUUCCCUUGUAAAAGAAAUGAAUAAGGUGAAAGCAGAACGCGAUGAUCUUACCAACAAGCUAAAGAGAAAAGAGGAAGCCUUAGAGAGAGUCAAGCAGGAGACAUCUUUGUUAUCUGAGCAGAUCGAAGUCACGAAGCAAGAUUCAAAUGACUCCAUAGAAGAAGAAGAAAAUAUUACCUUCAGGGACAGAUCCGAGAACACACAAUCUGUAAGAAAAUUGAGCACUGAACUCACAAAGGCUCAGCAACGAAAUUUUGAAAUGGACGCUAGAGUAACAUCACUAGAGGAGAAGUCAGAGACUUUUAAGAGAGAAAGAGACCAUGCGAAGGAACAGUGGAGGCAGUCUGUGAAGGAACGAAAGAGGUUACAUCGGGAGAUUGCUUGCAUUGUUCAAGCUAGGGACGAAGCAAUACAAAAAUGUUUUUCCACCGCAGAACAAUUAGAAAAACUGAAAGAGGAGUAUAAUCACUUGCUGAACCGGUUAGCAAAAACCGGUUUGAGUGCGAACAACACUAGUGAACUGUCAAUUCCGUGUUCUCUCAAGGAGUGUAAAUUUUGUGCGGGUGAUUCCGGUGGAGGACUUGAGUCUCCAGAGACGUCAUUCACCGAAAGUGAAGAAAUUCGUCUAACUUUAGAAAAGGAUGAUCCAUUGGACUCUAUCAAAUUGGCCCGAGUUUCCAUGAAUGGAAGAUCUUUUACCGCGAUAAUUGAUGUUGACAAGGGUUUAGGGAGCGCGAGGAACAUAAGAAAAUAUGACGAGAUCGUCUCCAUCAACGAUAUUCCAGUAACAGAGGGUGACCAAAACCUGGUGAGAUCUUUACUGGAUGGAGCUCUUACCACACUCAAUAUGGUUCUCAAGCGGCAAAUUGGGACAUACCAGUUAAGCUUUGACUUGGACCUCAAAGCACCGAAGAAAUCUAAAGUUGGUAAGUGUAGUAGUCAUCUUUCUAUAGAAAGUAGUCUUCACUUAUGUGCAGUAAUUGCAAUUUCGCGCACAUUAGAUGAAGACCGUACGGUCAAUGGAAAGCACCUUGAUAAGAUAAUCGCUUCCUCGUUGGAAAAGGUUACCAAGAAGUCUGGAGACAAACUGAAGCUUCACGUCACUAGAACGAUCUCAGGAAAACCUAUGGCAUGUGAGUUCAAGCCGACGAGUUAUACUGACUCCGAAUCUGACACUGUCGUACUAAGACGCCUCCCACGCGGUAAUGGCGACAACCGACUGUCACUCAUAUCAAAUGACAGCUCAAUAUCACGUGACUCCAAAUUUUCUUACAACUCAAGCCUUGGCUCCAUGAGCUCAAACAAUGAUUCGUCUCUGGCUGAUUCGAGCUCGGAUCUCUAUGGCAACAGAUUCACUGGGUAUGGCCUCUUUAUGCCCGACCGGCAUCGAACUCCAACGACCAUCUACAGCCCUUCGUCUGACACUCAAUUAGAAACGAUUGUCGCAGAUGAUUGGCCGGACGUAGGGACUGGGAACGAUUCUCAGACUUCCACGGAUGCAAAGGAAAGCGAUUCGCAUAAUCAUAGCACUCUAAAACCCAACAUUCGAUCACCAAUGAACCGAAAGUUUGUUAGCACGUCGCAACUGCAGUCGGGAACGUUUUUGACGCCGAUGGGUGCAGAUGGAACAUUAGUUCGGGCUCAGUCGACCAUCACUGCUGUUCGCGUGGACGAUGAUGGGUUGACUUCUAACUUAUCGAAAUCCUCUACAUGUGGAACGAUUGUUCCACUGGGAAGAAGUCCUCGUAUAAUGCGGUUCGAGAAGAAAUCAUUGGAUGGCCUGGGAGUAGAAGUCUCUGGUGGUUACCGUGUAGGUAUUUACGUCAUCGAAUUGCAGGAGAACUCAAUCUGUAAGGCCGUUGGCCUUCAAGUUGGAGAUAGGCUGCUGAAGCUUAACAGUUACGAUCUCACCAGAGCAACCCUGGAUCACGCCACACGGAUUGUUCGUCUUUUACGCACGUGCACGUAUAUCAGAAUCGAGGCUCAACAAGUAUUAAAUUACGAGGAGGUCCUUGGAGACAAACCCUACGAUUCGCUUUAUGUCAGGACAAUUCACCCUUAUAAGGCAAUGGCUCCGGACGAACUAAGUUUUACUGUUGGAGAAACAUUGCACGUGAUAAACACGCGCGCAAAUUACGAUCAGGCGAGACAGAGCUGGAAGUGGGUGGCUCAGCGUGCGAGGAAGGACGGGAAGGUUCUCGAGGAAGGACUGGUGCCCUGCAUGGGAAGUAUUCCAGAACAUGUAGAGUCUGCUGUCCUGACGCAAACUUUUCAGCGGUUUGAAUCUGAGUCAGAGGAACAGAUGAGUGAUGACGCACCAUCCACGUUGAAGAGAGCGUCAACUGAACGUCGCAGUAUCAUACAGCGAUACCGCAAACUCAUGAAACGUGAGAGUAGAGAUUUACCCAACAACACUGAUGAAAACGGUAAUACAAACAAAGUGACUUUCUACGAAAUCCUUAGCAAGAUUUCAGACUGAUUGUCAGCGAUGCUUGAUCGCCCCAAGAGCACGAUGGUUACCUUUUUUAACAAAAGUUUCACCAACGGAUGAGCCGAUGACAGACUAUUGAUCUGAAACCAUCAGAGAACAAUAGGCUUAAACGGUGCAGUGCGGCAUAUUUGGUGCAUUGCCCUCGUUCGACAUGACAUCAACAGUAAGAAGAGAAAAAAAGACCAGAAUUGUUUAAGAGCGACAUGCAUUUACUAUUAACUUAUUCGUUAGUUACUAAAACUCGGUACAGGUAAGCGCAUGUUAUUGUUAAUGAAUGUUAGCGCAAAAUGCCCAUUUCCAUAUCUUUAUUCCUGUUUCCCUUGGAAAGAACAAUAUCAGCUAGCCAUUGAAAAAACAGUGCGAAAUAUUUAUAACGAUGCUAAGAUCCAUCAUUUCGGGUACUUAGAUUAAGGUAUCAGUAAGAGAGCAAAAAGUUACAAAUGUCCAUUGACAAGAGACAAAUGCAAGGUCAAAAGAAAGAGAGUAGGCUGACGUUCAUCAUGGUCUGUUAAGAUUCCUUCUGUCUCACUUUGAAAAUUAGACCCUCUAUUAUGGUUUGAUUACCAAGUAACCAUAACUGAUGAUACUGUAAUCCUCCUGAGUAUUUAAUCAUAAGAUAACCAUCAC